AUGAGUUCCGCAGAUCCCUCAAGUACGGUCACGUCCCCGAAAACGAAGCGGCCGCUCGGCGGUGAAGAAGCCACGGCCGGCGCGCUCAAGGGAGGGCGCCGGCCGGGGGCCGACGAUGCCAUGGAUGUCGACGAGCAGUCGAGGCCGGACAUGGGCGAGUUUGAAGACGAGUUCGAGGACGAAUUCGAGAGCGAGGACGAGAUCAUAGAAGCCGGAGUCGACGGGCGUCCAGAUGCGGAGCGCGAAGCCGAGGAGAAGAGCGCAAUGGACGUCGACGGCGCCGGGCCAGGCACAUUCAUCGUCGGCCGCACCAAGCUCGAGCCCGGCCAGAUCCUCUCGCCAGAUCCGACUACUUACGAUAUGCUGCACAGCCUCACUACGCCAUGGCCCUGCCUGUCCUUCGACAUCGUGCGCGACUCCCUGGGCGACAACCGCAAAGUCUACCCCGCCACCAUGUAUACCGUCGCCGGCACCCAGGCCGAGAACGCGAGGGUCAACGAGAACCAGAUAAUGGUGAUGAAGUUCAGCGGUCUGAGCAAGAUGGAUAAGGGGGACGCAGGCGACUCAGACUCGGAAGACGACGACGACGAGGACGCCGAUCCUAUUCUCGAGUCCAAGUCGAUACCCCUGAACUCGACGACGAAUCGUAUCCGCAUCCACCAGUCACCCUCUUCGGGGUCUCGGCCGACGACCCUGACAGCCACCAUGACCGAGUCCUCCAAGGUGUUCAUCCACGACAUCACCCCCCACCUCGCCUCCUUUGACACCCCCGGCAGCGUCGUGACGACACAGCAGAACAAGCCGCUGUCAACAAUCCGGGCGCACAAGUCGGAGGGCUACGCAGUGGACUGGCAACCAAGCAACCUGCACCCCCUAGGCCGCCUCAUGACGGGCGACAACGAUGGCCUAAUGUACAUGACCACGAGGACAGACGGCGGCGGCUUCGUCACCGAUACCAGGCCGUUUGCAGGCCACGCCAGCAGCGUCGAGGACAUCCAAUGGAGCCCCUCGGAAGCCUCCGUUUUCGCUUCGGCGUCGAGCGACGGCACCGUCAGGGUUUGGGACAUCCGCAGCAAGAGCCGGGCGGCGGCGCUGUCGGUCAAGAUCAGCGACACGGACGUCAACGUGGCCAGCUGGUCCAGGCAGACGACGCACCUGCUCGCCACGGGCGCCGACGACGGUGCCUGGGCCGUGUGGGACCUCCGCCAGUGGAAGCCCGCGGCGGCGGGAGGCGGCAAGGGGGCGUCGACCUCGUCGACCCCGAUCGCCAGCUUCUCGUACCACAAGGAGCAGAUCACGAGCAUCGAGUGGCACCCGACCGACGACAGCAUCAUGGCCGUGGCGGCGGGCGACAACACGGUCACGCUGUGGGACCUGGCGGUGGAGCUGGACGACGAGGAGAGCCGCGACACGGCGGGAGUGCAGGACGUGCCGCCGCAGCUGCUGUUUGUGCACUACCACGAGAACGCGAAGGAGCUGCACUGGCACCCGCAGAUACCCGGAACCCUUGUCGCGACAGGCAACGAGUUCAGCGUCUUCAAGACCAUCAGCGUCUAG